ACGCGAAAGUUGUGAGGUAAACGACAAAAUGUCCGAGUGUCCAUGAACGCCCCACAACAGCUCUCCCAACCUUGCUAGUUGUUAGCACGCUGGCUAAUGCGGCUACAGUACCGACGGACGACGUUAAAUUAUACGAAGAGCGCCAUUCGGCCAAACAAAGCGAAUCGAUUAAUGCUCGUUUUCCGUCUGGUUCCGACGAACCCACGCGAACCACCCCGGGCGGUCUCGCUCGGUCGACUUCCUUAGCUAAUGUUAGCUGCGCAACGGUCGCUAAGCUGAUUCUAGCCACUCGAAUUAGCCGUGUGCUAGUUUUCUAUCGCCCCGGAUGCCUCAAUGAAUGGGGGUGGAUGCGGAGAGUGAAGACACACAGUCAACAAUGUACGCUCGCUGCUGCUGCUAGCUUCCUCCUUGUUGUGGUCCGGCUUGGCUGGUGCUUCGCUGCCAGGUUCUCGGAAGAAGUGCACGCCAGGAGUGGAUUUUAUUCGGGGGGAAACCGGGCAAGCGAGCGCGAUUACGUUAGCUAGUCUAUGUGGCCAGCUAGCCACACUCGGCGCAUCGUGUAUAAGUUAGUUGGAAAAAUGCAUCAUCCGAAAGAGACCGUGCACUACCCAGGUACACGGACUUAGCCAUAGCCACGUUAGCUUGCGUGACAUAAUAUCACAGCCACUCAUUUUUACAUUUUUCAUAUUUUUUGGUGUGUUUACAAACUUCGUUCCAUAGUCUUUGAGACGUCCCCGGCUCACGUCUACACCGCGGACUUGAUUUACACGACGCUGUCACCCGUGAGAAGGAAUGAUCGCGUUUCGGACUGACCCUGCCCUCCGUCCCAGGUAGGGGAGUGGUGGUGGUGGUGGAGACUCCCCGGUCUGGCCUGGCCCGCUGUUUACGGGUGAUGGGAAAGCACUGAUCGGAAGCUGCUCGGUUUUUUGUUUUUUUUUUGUUGUUGUUAUUAUUAUCACAGACUAUGAUUUGCCAUCUCGACUGGAAGGAUACAUAGGAAAUUGGAAAGCACCACGAUGGACACGGAGGAAGUUCUCCAAGAAGAAAGCCAUUGGAAUACAACCAUGGGCUGUUGAGCGCCACUCGGUGCGGAGGUUGUUUUUUUUGUGUCUUUUUAUUUGAUCCGCAAAGACUGUUGCAGUCGAAACACACACACACCGACCGACAUGUCUGCGUUCGCCGAGUUCGUGCCCCCACCUGAGUGCCCGGUCUUUGAGCCGAGCUGGGAGGAUUUCUCGGACCCAUUAGGAUUCAUCAACAAGAUCCGACCCAUCGCAGAGAAGACGGGCAUCUGCAAGAUCCGACCCCCCGAGGACUGGCAGCCUCCGUUUGCCUGCGACGUGCGCAACUUUCGCUUCACCCCCCGAGUGCAGAGGCUGAACGAACUCGAGGCCCUCACUCGGGUAAGGCUCAACUUUCUGGAUCAAAUCGCAAAGUUCUGGGAGCUGCAGGGAUCCAAGAUUCGGUUCCCUCACAUGGAGAGAAAGGUUUUGGACCUCUAUCAGCUUAGCAAGAUUGUGUCGACUGAGGGCGGCUUCGAGACGGUGUGUAAAGAGAAGAGGUGGUCCAAGGUGGCUAGCCGAAUGGGCUUCCCAUCUGGGAAAGGCACCGGCUCAUUGCUUCGCUCCCACUACGAGAGGAUCCUUUACCCCUACGAGCUCUUUCAGUCUGGAGCCACGUUAACCGGCAUCCAGAGGCUCUAUGAUGAGGGCGAUGAUGGGGAGGAAGUAGACGAGGGAGUCGGUGAGGAGGCGGUGGAGGAAGAGGAGCAAGAUGAGGAGGAGGAGGAGGAGGAGGAGAAGGAGAAAGACAGGGAGGGUGACGGAAUGCAAACCAAAGAGCAGCUUCUGCCUGAGAGACGGUCCAGGCGACUGAAGUCUGAGAGAGAAAACAAGGAGCCAAAAGGCCUCAAAAUCUUCAGCACGAGUCCCAAGAUGAUGGGCCUGGAGAUUGUGUCCGCCGAUGACGGAUUCAACAAGAAGCAGCGUCACCUCAAAGCCCAGGCGUUCGCCAUCAAAAUGAGACCUCGCAAGGAGACACUGCAAGUCAACUUUAUUGACCUCUACCUCUGCCUGGUGUGUGGUCGUGGCGAUGAGGAGGACCGGCUCCUGCUGUGCGAUGGCUGUGACGACAGCUACCACACCUUCUGUCUGAUCCCGCCUCUACAGGAUGUGCCCAAGGGCGACUGGCGUUGCCCGAAGUGUGUUGCUGAGGAGUGCAGUAAGCCGAGAGAGGCGUUUGGCUUUGAGCAGGCUGUGAGAGAGUACUCCCUCCAGAGUUUCGGAGAGAUGGCUGACCACUUCAAGUCCGACUAUUUCAACAUGCCUGUACAUAUGGUUCCCACAGAGCUGGUGGAGAAGGAGUUCUGGCGGCUGGUCAGCAGCAUCGAGGAGGACGUCAUCGUGGAGUACGGUGCCGACAUCAGCUCCAAAGAGGUGGGCAGUGGGUUUCCUGUCCGGGACGGCAAUAGGAGGCUACUGGGGGACGAAGAGGAGUAUGCCAACUCGGGCUGGAACCUGAACAACAUGCCGGUGCUGGAGCAGUCCGUGCUCACCCACAUCAAUGUGGAUAUCUCGGGCAUGAAGGUACCCUGGCUUUAUGUGGGCAUGUGUUUCUCCUCUUUCUGCUGGCACAUCGAGGACCACUGGAGUUACUCCAUCAACUUCUUGCACUGGGGUGAGCCAAAGACUUGGUACGGAGUGCCAGCCUCGGCGGCAGAGCAGCUGGAGGCCGUCAUGAAGAAGUUGGCGCCAGAGCUGUUCGACUCGCAGCCAGACCUCCUCCAUCAACUAGUCACCAUCAUGAAUCCCAAUGUCCUCAUGGAGCAUGGCGUCCCUGUGUACAGGACCAAUCAGUGUGCGGGGGAGUUUGUCGUGACCUUCCCUCGGGCGUACCACAGCGGUUUCAACCAGGGCUACAACUUCGCAGAGGCUGUUAACUUCUGCACCGCUGACUGGUUGCCUAUGGGCCGCCAGUGCGUGGCCCACUACAGACGCCUCCACCGCUACUGCGUCUUCUCGCAUGAGGAGCUGCUGUGCAAGAUGGCCGCGGAUCCAGAGAGCCUCGAUGUGGAGCUGGCGGCCGCCGUGUUCAAGGAAAUGGGAAAUAUGAUGGAGGAGGAGACCAAACUCCGACAGGCCAUCCAGGAAAUGGGGGUGCUGUCCUCAGAACAGGAGGUUUUCGAGCUGGUGCCCGAUGAUGAGCGCCAGUGCCACAAGUGUAAGACGACCUGUUUCCUGUCUGCGCUGACAUGUUCCUGCAGCCCCGAUCGUCUGGUUUGUCUCCACCACUCGGCAGAUCUCUGCGACUGUCCGCUCGGCAACAAGUGUCUCCGGUAUCGCUACGAUCUGGAGGAGUUUCCGUCCAUGCUCUAUGGGGUCAAGACACGGGCUCAGUCCUAUGACACGUGGGCGAAGAGGGUCACAGAGGCCCUGGCUGCAGACCAGAAAAACAAGAAAGAUCUUAUUGAGCUCAAGGUUUCACUGGAGGAUGCAGAGGACAGAAAGUAUCCCGAGAACAAUCUGUUCCGACGCCUCAGGGAGAUGGUCAAGGAGGCGGAGACGUGCUCCUCCGUAGCCCAGCUGCUGCUCAGCCGAAAGCAGAGGCACAGCAGCCGCCUGCGUUCUGAGAGCAGUCGUAACCGUACCAAACUGACGGUGGACGAGCUCAAGGCCUUUGUGGAUCAGCUCUACAGGCUGCCCUGCAUCCUCAGCCAGGCCCGACAAGUCAAAGAGUUACUGGAAAAUGUGGAGGAUUUCCACGAGCGAGCUCAGGCUGCAUUGUCGGACGAGAUGCCCGAUUCCUCCAAGCUGCAGGCGCUUUUGGACCUGGGCAGCGGGCUGGACGUUGAGCUGCCCGAGCUUCCCAGACUCAAACAGGAGCUCCAGCAGGCCCGCUGGCUCGACGAGGUUCGCGUCACGCUGGCCGAGCCCCACCGGGUCACCCUAGAGCUGAUGAAGAGGCUGAUAGACUCUGGGGUGGGUCUGGCUCCGCACCACGCUGUGGAGAAGGCCAUGGCCGAACUGCAAGAGAUCCUCACUGUCUCGGAGCGAUGGGAGGAUAAGGCCCGUGCCUGCCUGCAGGCGAGGCCUCGACACAGCAUGGUGACCUUGGAGAGCAUUGUGCUGGAAGCCAGGAACAUCCCAGCAUAUCUACCCAAUAUUUUGGCCCUCCGAGAGGCCCUGCAGAAGGCCAAGGAGUGGACCUCCAAGGUGGAGGCCAUCCAGAGCGGGAGUAGCUACGCUUACCUGGAGCAGCUGGAGAGUUUGCUGGCCAGGGGUCGUUCCAUCCCCGUCCGGUUAGACCCGCUCAACCAGGUCGAGUCUCAGGUGUCCGCAGCCCGAGCCUGGAGGGAGAGGACGGCCCGCACCUUCCUCAAGAAGAACUCCACGUACACACUGCUCCAGGUUCUCAGUCCUCGCGUGGACAUCGGGAUCUACGGCAACAGCAAGAGCAAACGGAAGCGGGUCAAGGAGCUCAUGGAGAAGGAGCGGGGAGGCUUCGACCCGGACACCCUCAGCGACCUGGAGGAGAGCCUGGAGGAGGUGCGCGAGCCUUCCACCGUUGUCGCUGCCUUCAAAGCCAAAGAGCACAAAGAGGUGGAGUCCAUCCACUCCCUCCGCGCCGCCAACCUGGCCAAGAUGGCAAUGGCCGACCGCAUCGAGGAGGUCAAGUUCUGCCUGUGUCGAAAAACGGCCAGCGGCUUCAUGUUGCAGUGCGAGCUUUGCAAGGACUGGUUCCACGGAGCGUGCGUGCCCCUGCCCAAGACGGGAUCUCAGAAGAAAGUCGGUUCGGGCUGGCAAAGUAACAGCAAAGACUCCAAAUUCCUGUGUCCGCUGUGUCAGCGGUCGAGGAGGCCAAGGCUAGAGACCAUCCUGUCGCUGCUGGUGUCGCUGCAGAAGUUGCCGGUCCGUCUGCCGGAGGGAGAGGCUCUCCAGUGUUUGACUGAGAGGGCGAUGAGUUGGCAGGACCGAGCACGUCAAGCUCUGGCCACCGAUGAGUUGUCUUCAGCCCUGGCAAAGCUGUCUGUGCUGAGCCAGCGCAUGGUGGAGCAGGCCGCGCGGGAGAAAACGGAGAAAAUCAUCAACGCGGAGCUUCAGAAGGCCGCCGCCAACCCUGACUUGCAGGGCCACAUCCAGACGUUCCAGCAGUCGGGUUUCAGCAGAGCCGCAUCCCCUCGCCAGUCUGUCGACUACGACGAUGAGGAGACAGACUCGGACGAGGAUAUCAGGGAGACCUACGGUUAUGAUUUGAAGGACCCAGGUGAGGUGAAGCCCUACCUGUUCUGCGACGAGGAGAUUCCGGUUAAGUCCGAGGAGGUGGUCAGUCACAUGUGGCCGGCAGCCACGCCUUCCUUCUGCUCCGAGCACGCCUACUCCUCGGCCUCCAAGUCUUGUGUGCAAACCUUGGGCACACCCAGAAAGCAGCCGAGGAAGACGCCGCUCGUCCCCCGCAGCCUGGAGCCGCCCGUGCUCGAGCUGUCACCGCAGGCCAAGGCCCAGCUGGAGGAGCUGAUGAUGCUGGGAGACCUGCUGGAGGUGUCCCUGGAUGAGACCCAGCACAUCUGGAGGAUCCUGCAGGCCACGCACCCCCCCUCCGAGGAGAGAUUCCUGCAGGUCAUGGAGCCUGACGAUUCUCUGAUGGAAAAGCCCCUGAAGAUCAAGCUUAAAGACUCGGAGAAGAAGAGGAAGCGGAAGCUGGAAAGAGCCGAGCACCACCACAUGCUGAUGGCUGCCGCGGCCGCCGGCGGAGGCUCGGUGAUUGGGGAAAUGCGACCGGCCAAGUCCAAGGAGCUGAAGAGAGUCGGCCUGGAGCUCGGCCUGGGCGGAAAACCCAAGAAAAAGAAGCUCAAACUCAACCUGGACAAGAAUCGGGAGAUGAAGCAGCUCGCCAAGCGGCUGGCCAAGGAGGAGAAGGAGAGGAAGAGGAAGGAGAAGGCUGCCGCCAAGGCCGAGGCCAUCCGAGAGGGACUGGAGAAGAGGAAGGAGAAGAAGAUCCUCGACAUUCCCUCCAAGUACGACUGGUCUGGAGCGGAGGACUCCAACGACGAAAACGCCGUGUGUGCAGCCAAGAACUGCCAGAGACCCUGUAAAGAUAAGGUGGACUGGGUGCAGUGCGACGGCGGCUGCGACGAGUGGUUCCACCAGGUGUGUGUGGGCGUGUCGUGCGAAAUGGCCGAGAACGAGGACUACAUCUGCGUGGACUGCUCGCGGAAGGCCACCGGGGGAGGCGGGGGGCUGACUGUCGAGGAGGUGGCAGAGGAGAGCGUGGUGGUGCUGGCUACGUCCAUGUGCAGCGUGCAGAGUCUGCCCCCGUCCGUCGUGGCCUCGUGGUCCCACGUGCCCGCUGCCGCUCAUCUGAACCCAACAACUACACACCACCAGCAGCAGCAGCAAGAGCCUCAGCAGGGCAGUUAGCGCUCGGACAAUGGCUUUGGACUGAGUUUUGAAUACUGUACCUCACACAAACAAUGAGCAUAAUGCAAAACUAGUGUCCAGGCUAGUACUUCAACCCAUAAGACUGUACAGCAUCUGACGUAGAGAAUAACCCCGCGUGUGUAAGCGUGACGGAGGACGGACAAGCCGAGGUGCAUUUCUGGAGCUGCCUCGAUCACAGAGCACAAGAAAAAAAAAAACCUCACAUCUGGACGACAACUACGAAUCUUUUUAGCUUUGACCAUGUGGCUCCAGCAACGACACGUUAUCCCCGAUGUGCCGCAAAGGUGGUCGGUGCACAGACGGGAUUCAGUCCUUCUAAAGCAGUUUUAGGUCUGGAAUCAGCCACCAGCUACGUGCCCCCCCCCCCCCGAUCCUCCUCCUCAAGAAUAAUAAAGUCAUAGGUACAACUUACUUCACUUCCAGUCAAACAAACUCUCCCCAGCUGUUGUGUUCAGUGCAAAACGGGCAAAUAAACAAGAAAAAUCAGAUCCCAGUCGUGUUUUGCCGGACGUCCUGAACCUCUCCUCUCUGUCCUCCGCCCGGCCCUUCAGACAAGCCACUUCUCAAUACGUAGGACGUCAGACUAGGAAAAAAAACCAAAUGGUUGUAAUGUAGUGGAAUUAUUUAUAAUGUACAUAGCUUCUAAGCGAUUAAACAAAUGGAUUGUGGCUUUUUUUUUGUUUUUUGUUUUCUCACCUUUAAUAAACUGUUCCUAGACAAAUAA